UCCGUUACGUUUGCGUUCGCCAAUGCGCGUAUACAGCCUCUCUGCUUGGUUUCAUUUCGCUAACUCGCCGCUACCAGCCUCAGUCGAAACUUUACCAACGCGAUGCAUUCCUCUUAACAGCAUCGUUCUUUGCGUGUUCUACGCUUCUUGUGCUUCUUAUUCCUUCUUGGAAGGUUAUCUUUUGAAGUAGCACCCUUUGAGCUUUCGAUUACAAGGUGAUUUAACCGGUGCUGGAUCCCAAAAAUCGCGUCGUAGUGAGUGUAACAUGUUACCCAAAGAAUUAUAAACAAUCUAUAGUAAGAUAUAUAUAGUGUUUGAAGAAUUGAGCUUAAAGGCUGGUUUCUGUGCCAUUGAAGAGAGAAAGAAGGGAGGAUUGGUUCGCGACGGGCAAACCUGAAGGACCAGAGCCAAUAUCCGAUGUGUUUGGCCGGCCAAGUUGAAAACGAGUUGAACGUGCAUUGGAUGUUUCAGCAGCUGAAAAACGAGACGGCAUGGACUAGCCGCUCGGGUCGUGGAAACCCUUGGAAGGGAAAAGGGCAGCGGCAUCCCCUCCCUACGCCCUGCUACCGUCGCGACGCUCGACGACGCUGCUACGUCGUCGCACCGCAGCCACCUCUUCAACCUUGCUAUUUCAGCCGAAAGGCUGAUGUUUUUUCUUGUGAACCUGUAAAUAAAAGGCCUCAAAGUGUACGGCGCCGUGGAGAAAACGUUUCACCCGUUCGACCUGUGCAGCAGGCUUUCCCGCGUGUUCCAGCCAGGAACACUGGCCGGUAUACAAGCCCGCCACCGGUCCCACCAACAGCCUCCAGUCUCGUAUCGAUCCAGCAGCAACAACAGCAGCAAGCAACAUCGACCCCGGGUUCCCAUCAACAAGCUACCACACCAACCUCACCAGCUGCACCAGCUUCAGCGACGACCACCGUGCCACCGGCUCCAACAGCCAGCGCCAGUUCGACCUCGCCGAGCGCCUCCUCGGUGGCGAGCAACAGCGGGCCCGGACCGCUCCACAUACCCGCCAAGAGGUUGACCGCCACGCCAGCCGGAUCCUCUUACGGGGAAGUCGGCUGUGUCGAUUCCUCUGCGGCGCCCGCCGCUGGACCAGCGGGCGUCAUUCGUCAUUCCCACUCGUCCUCCGCUGGCUCGCAAGGCGGCUGGAGUUACAGCCCUCAUCAUCCCCAGGAAUCGCACUACUCGUCCGCCGCGGCCGCUGAUUCCCUGAAUCAUCACCAGACCUACGGGGGAAACAAUCCCCCGACCUAUUACAAUCUGGCGGCCGAUCCCACCUCUACUUCCGGCUCCUCCAGGGACAACCGGAAAGCCGGUACGUUGAGCUUUUGGUCGCCAGCCGCGGCAACCGCUGGAUCCGCUGUAACGCCCGGCGCCGCAUCCGACUACAAGUCCUACAACUCGGUCGGCUCUGCAACCACCAGCUCCUCCACGGGUGCUGGUUCCUCCUCGGUCCCCAGCGGGGUCACCGAUCCGGCCGUCUCCUCUUGUCAUCAGAGCUUCUCCCAGAGCUGGUGUAACUACGCGCCGUACACCACGGCCAGGCAUCACCAUCCGGUGGACACGGCCGGUCAUCAUCAUCCUCAUUCUCAAGCAGGGGUGCCGUACUUAACACCAUCCGCGGCAGACGACCGGGGGAGGGUCACUGCUGCCAUGGUCGCAGCCGAGGGCGCAUUUCCUCACGAUGGUUACGGUGGUCUAAGGAAUUACGGGGCGCCCGAACCUGUCACUUCCAGUCCGUACCCACCUCCAGUGAUGUGGGGUUCCUCCCCAUCUUCGUUGUUUCCCGCAGGUUCCCUGGCGGGAGUCGGCGUCGGUGUCGGCGUGGCCGGGAUGGGCGUCGGUUGCGGGAGUUCGAACGCCCUGGAAUGGGCAGCAGGCCAAGCGACGGUGCGGAAGAAACGCAAGCCCUAUUCGAAGUUUCAAACGCUCGAACUCGAGAAGGAGUUUCUGUACAACGCGUACGUGUCGAAGCAGAAACGAUGGGAACUGGCGCGUAAUCUGAACCUGACCGAGCGUCAGGUGAAGAUCUGGUUCCAGAAUCGUCGGAUGAAGAACAAGAAGAACAAUCAACGACAGACGCAGCAGCAGAACAAUAAUAACAACAACAAUAGCAGCGCCAAUAACGCGAAUCACCACACGGCGACCGGAAGUCACCACCAUCAGAGUGCCGCGCAUGCGCCACCAUCGAGUCACCACGUGGUCGCGCAGGCGCACCACGCGAACGGUUCCGCGAAGCAUCAUCAGUGACCCGUGGCCUUCUCUGGGAUCGUCUUUGGCCAUCAUCAACACAACCAGGGCUCGACGAACGGUUGUGGGACUGGAAACGGGACCGGAACAGCGACCGUGUCAGGGAGCGGAAACGGUACCGGCCACACCAACAGCAGCCACGCGGGCCUGGUUACAGGUCACAGCCAUACGCUUCACGCGCCCCAACCUCAAACGCCUCUGCCGACCCACGCUGCCGCUGGUGCAUCCUCCAGCACCGUCACACCCCCCACCGCCAUCGUUCAUCCUCACAUACAUGCACACGCUCAUCAUCAUCAUCAUCAUCAUCAGUUGGCACACGUGGCUCAGCAGUAUCCUACGCUCCUUCAUCAAACACCCCAUGGCCUGGCCGCCUGAACUCGAUCCUAUCAGGCACGGACGCCCCAGAGAAUAAUCAUCGACGAGUCCUGUCUCACGUGACUCGUUGGAUGCAACGCAACUUCUCAUCGUCUUCGUCGUCGUCGUCGUCAAGGAUUGGCCAUCCGUGACUACGUCGGGAUAGAUAGACACAUGUACUUACCCGCACACACUCUAUCGAACCUUGUUCAGCAGCUGUUCAAAGACUGCCUACCACUUGUAAGGAGAGAUAACGUUUCGCGAGUAGUAUAUUAUUAUUAUUAUUAUAUUAUUUUAUUAUUAUUAUUAAUGUUAUUAUUACGAUCAUCGUCAUCUUCAUCGUCAUCAUGGUUAUCAAUUCAACGGAAGGGACACUGUUGUAUAGAAGAGCACUGUUGGUCCACCGUCGGACUCUUUCUUUUCUUUUUUGUUCUCGCGUGUCGUCGAUGUCAGGUGCCGAUCUUCUUCGAGUAGUGCGCAUUAGAAGAUAUAUGCGGCACCGAGAAAUCUGUCCAAUUCGUAAUUCGGUAGUACUUCCUCCAGUUAUACAUAUUAUAUAUAUAUAGAGAUAUACAUAGUAAAGCAAAUUAGUGUCACUUAGCGUCUGGUCCCCCUAGUUCCCGUCUGGACGAACACCAUCGACUCCUGCUCCACCCCAUCCCCAACAGGUUUUUACUCCUUCGACCGUGCGUUUGCUUUGUCUUCAACUGGUUCGGCCCGUGAAUCGGAAAGAAUCGAAGAACGUGUCGUGGCUGUUAUACGAGAAGACGGCGCCAUUGGGUCCCGAGGCUACGACAAAUGAGCUCUAACCGGGGAUCUCGAGAUGAGAAAAUCGCCUAUCAGGGGUAAGUGUGCAGAAACGAGGUUAGAGCGCGAAAUUCGAGUAAACGAUGAAUUCGUGCGGAAAAAUUUGAUCGGCGUUCAUGAAAAAUCGUCUACCUUCAUUUAAUCGUUGGAUCAUCGAUGAUCCAAUUAGAUUCGUUGCUACUGUCUGUGAUUCGCGGAAAGUACUAUUGUUUUUUUCUUUUCUUUUUUUGCGGAGAUGGUGACAAUCGAUCGCGAGUUACGGCGUUCUUUCAUCGACACCGGUAUUGUCGGUGUAUUUGCACGGUUGACGCGUGUUAGUUUAAUUUCGUCGCGAGACAAAAUCCAAUAAUGGAAUUGCUCGUUUCAUGGGAUCCAAUGCAUCCGUCGUUCUGAACACGAGAGCUGAUUCCCGAUCCUGGUAAGGAUCAGUGGAUCUUACGUGAGAAAAACUCGAUCGCUGGAGAGUCUGAGCAGGAUCAAGCGUUUGGACCUCUGUAGAUAACUUCUAUAUUCAUUGUCCGACGCUUUGUUCCGUAGAAAAACCAGCUAUCGAUCAGCGAUUGUUUAAAAAAACAGGCCAAGACACGUUCGCAUUAGACUUAGUGCAAAGCAACCAUACGUUCGUAGGAUUAGUCUAAUUAUGUCCAGAGUGUUGUAUUCAUCGCCUACCAAGGAUCGCAAACUAGUACUUAUAAUUCUUAUAUUAUAUGUAAAGAAAAUAAAACGACUUUUAGAUGUAAAGGCAUACCUAGUGGACUAUGGAGUGCUGGUGAGAGCACUGCUCUAAGACUGAGUUUAGGAACUUCAUCGCUAGAGCUGUGUUAUGUGUGUACUAAAAUGAAAGAAAGUUCGUUUGUUAAUUGUUGAACGUGGAAAUUAAUGUUUUUUUUUUUUGUUUGAAUUACAAAAAUCCAAAGAGAUUUCACUGAAUUAGAAGAUGUUAUCUGGCGGAUGACAGCACUGUGAUUAGUCGAAAUGAAUUCGAAUCGAUGUUAUAAAAUUAAAUGUUGUGGAAUGUGAAUAUUUUGUUAUUCACGGAAGAAAUUUUAUUCAAAUUCGAGGACUUUUAGCUCACUCAUCAAACGUCUUUCGGUAACCGCGACCGAGUUGAAAUUCGGGUGUACAGGAUGAUGUCUAUCCUUGUAUUAGAUUGGCAACUGAAUUCGAAUCUAGACUUAGAAAGCUUAUAUAACAAUAGGAUAGUUUAAAAUUAAAUUUAAAUUGUCGCUAUUUCAAAAAAUUUGAAUUCCCAAAGAAAUCGAAAGAAUUCUUCUCGAUGGAACCAAGUCCUAAACCCGGUCUAAGAGCGAUGGUAAUCGAAGCGUUUUACCUUUUAACCGGUACGUCAGCGAGUAAGUAGGUAAUUUAAUCGGAUGUUCAAUGAAAAUAAAUAUCCCAGUGGAUCUCUAUUCUCUAAGGUGCAACAUUAUCUAAAUUGUAAGGGCCGCUGAAUGAGUGUGCACACCUACGGUAUAUUACGUAUACAUACUGCGUGUGUCCUCUUCUUGUAUGCACUUGUGCAUGUGUGUGUGUGUAUGCGCUCGCGUGUCUACACCCGCGUAUACGUCAAAGAAAUACAAGCUUUGCACCAGAGAGAGAGAGAGAGAGAGAGAAAAAAAAUCGAUAAAGAGAAAGUAGGGCCAAGGAGAAUAUUGAAAUUUCUCGGAGGUGUAGGUGCGUGAGCGCGCGUGUGCGAGUCAGUGACUGCGAGAGAGAAAGAUGAACGGAGAUAACUCGAGCGAAAGAGAGAUAAAGUGAACACACAGUCAACGUAAAACUUAGUCCAGACUUGCAUACAAUCGUUUGCACUUAAGGUAAAAAAAUACCAUGUUGCAAAUAAAAUUUUAUAAACAAAACUAUUUUAUUCGCGUUUAAUAAAAUAACGGCAAAUAACUUUUACAUAUUUGUUUCAAUGUUUGCGGGCAAAGAUAUGUAUGUCUGGAUUAGGUUUAAUAGUUAAUGAUAAAUGCAAAACGUGACGCGAAACGAGAAUUACAAAAGAUAUUAUAAUAAUUAGGAUAACAUUAAAGAAGAAAAUAGACACGAACACAGACACAAAUGGAUACACACGGAACACAAUUGUAAGAUUGAGUCUUGGAUGAACGAUACACUGCUCCGCCACGAUUACUAUGAUACACUAAUUAUGUAACGACCGUUUAAGUAUGAUAACAGUAUAAGUGAAAUAAAGUGAUUCUUGAGAAGCAAGCGAAGAAAUAUCAGAGAAAGGUGAAAAUUUCAUCGGGGUUUUCUUGGGGGUGGUGGGGGGUUAAUAUGGUGUCUUUUACGUCAAGAUCAAGAUCAUGCAGUUGGCGAACCACAUUCGGAUUUUAUCGUGAGUUGUAAUUAGUUGCUAAUUGUCUUGCCGCUGACGAUUUUUAUUGCGAUUAUUAUGAUUAUUAUUAUUAUAUCAUUAUUAUUAUAUUAUAUUAUUAUAUUGAUUAUUAUUAUUAUUAUUGUGAGCGUCACGUUAAUAUUAUGUUAUUGUUUUUAUUGUGUGUUGUUUUGUAUGUACCUAUCAGCCUAUACGAUCAUGAUAUUAUUAUUAACAAAGCGAUGGAUUUACACAGGUAUACACACACGUCCACGAAGCACACGUCGAUAAAUAUAUACAGGGCGCUCCAUAAGAGAUGAGACGUAGAAAUAUGAAUUAAUAUCUAAAACAACUUGUGCAAUUUUUUUAAUUUUGUUUCAGUUUACAGCAAUCGUUGUAUUUGAGUAAUUCUUGAUUUUUGAAUGGACCUGUACCUUGCAGAUGCUUAUAUCAUUUUCGAAAUACAAUAGACGGGUUUUAAAUAUCAAUUUGAUUAAGUAUUGAAAAACUGUAUAUUUGUAAAAUUGGAUUCCACAUAUUAUGAGGCGCCCUGUAUAUUCAAGGAAAGACGGUGUUAUUAAACGUGCACAAUUAAUUUUAACUCACGCAGGAUAAUCUGUCGACCUGAUACACAUUCUAGCCUACUUCAACAUGUUUUUUGUUCAUUUAAACAAUAUUUUUUCCAAUUUCCUCUGUUUUGUCUUUAGCUAUCUUCCACAUAAUUACAGCAUAUCUCAAAUUUUCUUCUGAUACACUUACAUGAUAUUUUAUUCCUCCUCAAUAGUAAUGCAUAUAUUUCUUAAAAAUUUAGCAGAAAUAAUUUGUUGAGUUUUAGAAAAAUUGAGGAAAUAGGAAAAAGGAAAAAGAGAGAGAAUGUGUGUAUGCAUGCGUGUGAGAGAGAAGAAAGAACUUCAAGUCUCGUUUAUCAGAUUAAAAAAAUGUUUAUGUUUCUUUUUUUUUAUAUUCGAGUUAUUGGAAGGAAAGGAGAGAUUGUUCUGGUGUUAUUUCCUCUUUUUUUUUGUAUAUUGACGGCUAGAAAAUUUAUACAUUUUCUUCUGUUGAACGAAAAAGGAAUGUGAAGAGAAUUGCAAUUAUAUUAUUGUUUCAUGCUCAAUAUUGUUAUUAACACUAUGAUUAAUUAAUCCUUCCUGGUGUACGAGCAUCCACCGUAACUUAUAAUCAAGCUCAUCUGCUUAAUGUUUAUUUUAUAUCUCGUGAAUCCUCACCACCACCCCCAGAUCCUUAAGCUCACCCUCUGUUGCACGUUUCUUCGGCAUCUUCUCAUUAGCUCAAAUAUAAUAUAGGAAAUUUUGAUCAUUUGGAAAAUCUCGAUCAUGGCUUUAAUAAUAUUGAACGCGUAUUGACUUCUCUAAAAUAUAAUUUUAUCAAUAUUCAGUUUGCAAAAUGACAAAUGUUAAUAUUAGAGCUUUAAUUUGAAAUUUGGCAAUUCGUAAUUUGAAGCAAAUUAAGAUGUUAAUUAAAAAUUUUAACACGUUCGUGUUAUUUUAGCCAUGAUGAUCGUAAGGUGAUUUUUUGGGGGAAUUAAUUUUAUUUCGCGAAUAAUCUAUAGCAAGGGAUGUUCGCGUUUCGUUGGAACGUUUCGUCAGCUUGUAUCUGUUUCUAGCUGUAUUUUGUAUGAUAUUAAUUACGGUCUUAAGGUAGACAUUAAUUAUGCUAACUUGUAAAUAAAGACACAAAAUUUAUCCUGUAUCGAAGUGCAAUAAUAAAAACAUGUUUAAUUAGUGCCAAA